UAAUUUAUGAUUACUUUUAUAAAAAGUUUAUGAUUAAAAUCGCAUUUUAGUUUAAAUACUUUAAUAUUAAGCAAAAGAACUUUUUUUAAAAUAAUAAAUUUGAACUUAAAUAUGGAUUUUGAUCCAAAUUAUUACAAUGACUUUACUGACUCCAUACUACCAGCAAAUAAAUUAAUUAAUAAAAUUAAUGAAAUGAGCAAUAAUAACAAUAAUAUGAUCGUGUUAGACAUAGGAUGCGGAACGGGAUCGACAACAAAACUGCUGACACAACUCAACCCCAAUCGUAUCAUUGGCUGUGAUAUCGAUUCAAAAAUGGUUGGUUUCGCGCAAAAGUAUAACAAAACUUCAAAAAUAGAUUAUUUGGUACAAGACUUUGGUGUCCAAUGGGACAAACUUGACUCUCGGGUCAAACAAAUGGCAGGAAAAGUAACCGCAAUAUUCACUAACUAUGCGAUGGCUUGGGUUUGGGAUAAACAGUGUGCGGCUGAAAAUAUUGCCCGACUGCUGGCACCGGACGGUAUAUUUGUCGGUAACAUACUAUACGACGGCGACAUUUUCCAAUCGUUACCCGAAAGUGAGCGCUUAAAAGCAUAUGAAUUAGUACCGUAUCCGACGGAAAUGGAGUUUAUGGGCGGUUGGCUUAUGGCACUCAAAAAUGCUGGUCUGACUAAAAUAGAUGUAGAAUAUUGGGAACCAAAGAUUAUUAUGUCGGAAAAAUUGUAUUUGGAUGAAUAUAUAAAUAUUCCAAUGAAUUGGUUUAAACACUAUUCUCAAGUGACUAAUGAAGACAUGGACUCAUUGAUGAAAAAAUUAAUUUAUGCCGAAAGGUGUAGACGUAUUGAUCAACUGUCCACUGAUGGUAUGCAACAGAUCGAGAUUAUUAACAGAUUAUGGCAAGUGGUUGCGCAAAAACAUUACUAAUAUUUUUUUAAAAAUCGCUAAUGUAAUCAAAUUUAUUAUUUUUUCAAUAAUUCUUAAAAUUAACUAUUUACAAAUAUAAUUUUGUUUUUAUUUUUUAAUCUGUUAAAUACAAUACAUUAGUGUUAAUUUUAAUAAUAAUUUUU